AAACUAUCGUAGAAGGCAAACAUCAGCCCAACACAAGAUCAUUGUCGUUAUGUGGAAGUUGAAGAUAGCAGAGGGAAAUGGGGAAGACCCUUAUUUGUUCAGCAGCAACAACUUUGUCGGACGUCAAACAUGGGAAUUUGAUCCCAAAGCCGGCACAGCAGAGGAACGAGCCACCGUCGAAGAAGCUCGCCGGCAUUUCUUGAUCAACCGUUAUCGUGUUAAAGGCUGCAGUGAUCUCGUGUGGAGAAUGCAAUUUCUGAAAGAGGCGAAAUUCGAGCAAGUGAUCCCGCCGGUGAAGAUCGACGGCGACGAAUGUAUAACUAACGAGAAAUCGACGGAUGCCUUACGGAGAGGAGUUUCUUUCUUCUCGGCUUUGCAAGCCUCCGACGGUCACUGGCCUGGAGAAAUCACCGGACCUCUCUUCUUCCUCCCUCCGUUGGUGUUUUGUUUGUAUAUCACAGGACACCUUGAGAAAGUAUUCGAUGAAGAACAUCGCAAAGAGAUGCUUCGUCAUGUCUAUUGCCAUCAGAACGAAGAUGGUGGAUGGGGGUUACACAUAGAAGGUAGGAGUAUUAUGUUCUGCACCGCGCUGAACUACAUUUGCUUGCGUAUACUCGGAGAAGGUCCCAAUGGGGGACGAGAGAACGCGUGCAAACGGGCAAGACAGUGGAUUCUUGACCGUGGUGGUGUCACUUAUAUUCCUUCGUGGGGGAAAAUAUGGCUAUCGAUACUUGGACUCUAUGAUUGGUCAGGAACCAAUCCGAUGCCUCCUGAGAUCUGGUUGCUACCUUCGUUUCUUCCAAUACACUUAGCAAAAACUUUGUGCUAUACCCGGAUGGUUUACAUGCCUAUGUCGUAUCUAUAUGGAAAGAGGUUUGUUGGUCCCAUAACACCACUUAUUCUGCAACUGCGUGAUGAGCUCCACUUGCAGCCUUACGAGGAAAUCAACUGGAAUAAAACCAGGCGUCUAUACGCAAAGGAGGACAUGUAUUUUCCCCAUCCUUUGGCACAAGAUUUGGUAUGGGAUGCUCUUUACGUUGUUGUGGAGCCGUUCCUUACGCGUUGGCCGUUAAACAAGCUUGUGAGGGAAAAAGCUCUGCGGCUGGCAAUGAAACACAUACAUUACGAAGAUGAGAAUAGCCAUUAUAUCACCAUCGGUUGUGUUGAGAAGGUAUUGUUCAUGCUUGCGUGUUGGAUUGAAGACCCUAAUGGGGACUACUUCAAGAAGCAUCUUUCUAGAAUCCCGGAUUACAUGUGGGUCGCCGAAGAUGGACUGAAAAUGCAGAGCUUUGGAAGUCAACUAUGGGAUACAGGGUUUGCGGUUCAAGCUAUACUUUCCAGUAAUCUCUUUGAUGAAACUGGCAAUGUGCUGAAUAAAGGGCAUGAUUAUAUCAAGAAAUCUCAGGUUAGAGAAAACCCUUCUGGUGACUUUAAGAGCAUGUACCGGCAUAACUCCAAAGGGGCGUGGACUUUAUCUGAUCGAGAUCAUGGAUGGCAAGUUUCAGAUUGUACGGCUGAAGCGUUAAAGUGUUGCCUGCUUCUCUCCACGAUGCCAGCUGAAGUUGUUGGCCAGAAAAUGGAUCCUGAACAAAUAUACGAUUCUGUUAAUCUCUUGCUAUCUUUUCAGAGUGAGAAUGGAGGUGUGACUGCUUGGGAGCCCGUCCGUGCAUAUGAAUGGAUUGAACUGCUCAACCCCACGGAAUUUCUUUCCAAUCUUAUGGCCGAGCGUGAGUAUGUGGAAUGCACGUCAUCUGUUAUACAAGCUUUGGUUCUGUUUAAGCAACUGUAUCCAGAUUACAAGACAAAAGAGAUAAGCAGGUCCAUCGAGAAAGCGGUGCAAUUCAUAGAAAAUGAACAGACGCAAGAUGGUUCAUGGUAUGGGAAUUGGGGAGUUUGUUUCAUUUACGGCACAUGGUUUGCUCUGGCCGGCCUAGCAGCCGCUGGCAAAACAUAUAAAACCAGUCUGGCUAUGCGUAAAGGUGUUGAGUUCUUACUCAGGACACAGAAAGAUGAUGGAGGCUGGGGAGAAAGCUAUCUGUCUUGCCCUGAACAGAGAUACAUACCAUCAGAAGGGAAAAUAUCAAACUUGGUGCAAACAGCUUGGGCAGUUAUGGGUCUGGUUCACGCUGGACAGGCUGAGAGAGAUCCAACACCUCUUCACCGUGGUGCAAAACUUAUCAUCAAUUCUCAAAUGGAUAAUGGAGAUUUCCCUCAACAGGAGAUAGUGGGAGUGUUCAUGAGGAAUUGCUUGAUACACUAUGCUACCUACAGAAACACUUUCCCAUUAUGGGCACUUGCUGAGUACCGGAAAGCUACCUUCCCAACUCAUCAACAACUUCUACAAUAGCUUCCUUAAUAAGUGUUUACAUUUUAUAGACAAAAAGAACAAAACAAUGUCUACAUGUUAAAUGAAUCUCCUGUGUCUUAUAGCUACUUAUUCAGAUGUAUGUUUUAUUCAGCAAAAUAAUAUUAUAUCUCCUGCGUCUUCGGCUACU